AUGUCCUUCCACACUUUCUCUUUUCUCGGACAGGUGUUGUGUCUCCAAAAGAUUCCCCUCGGCAUGUCCACGAAUUCUGUGGAUGACCGGUACAUUGGCUGCAACCCCAGGAGAGAGCUCAAGCUCCUGAAGCCAGGAUAUAUUCCCAUACCGAUAAAAUAUAUGGCGAUCUGGAGAAGAGCCAGAAGUCACUGGGCCAAACUUGGCCAAACUGUCGGCAAGUUCAAUCCGACCUAUGGCACUGCAAUUGUGGCUUAUACAAUCAGCAGCAACCUGUACCGUGAUUUCAAUAAUGCUGCAAGACAAGCUGGGAGAUCCCAAAGCUCAUACAACCACUAUUCCUUCAAGGACUUCCACCUCCUCCUAACCAAAGCUCUUCAGGCCAAGAGGAUCCAGAACAAAUGCUAUGAAGUCUUCCGCGGGAUAAGAGACAUCCAUUUCACCGUCCAUAGCAAACAGUUUGUCCGCUUCGGACAGUUUGCUUCCUCAUCUUUGCUAAAAAACAAGGCCCAAGCAUUUGGCACGGGCACCCUCUUCUCCAUCAAGACCUGUCACGGAGUGCCCAUUUACGACUUCUCAUACUACCCGUCCGAAAUGGAAGUUCUCAUCCCACCCUACGAGAUGUUCUUCGUGAAGGGCCAUAAGGGACGCAUCAUCAGAUUAGAGUCCCUAGGUGUUGCAAGCCGGUUCAACUGUGAAGUCCUGAAAGGUAAGAGGCUGGAAGUGUGGAGAACUCGAGGUUCAAAGGAGCCAGCUCAGUAUAGGAAGGCUGGUCUCCUUCUGACGUGA